AUGGAGCUUGAUUACUAUCACCUGUGUGUGCAUUCUGCAUCAAGCUGCUGAAGGCAAAAAUAAUUUGACUUGUGGCUGUUAACUGCGUGUAUUGUGUUUUUUCAGGCUGAUGGAAGCCCAUUAUCACCGGUCUGCUGGUAUUACUGCCUUGAAUCAUGCUGACCAACACAGGCCCAGUGGCCAAACUCUACUUGUCCAUAAUUGAUGAUGUGAUUGAAAGUAUGAGGGAGCUCUUCCUGGAUGAAGGGCUUGAAGACCGUGCUCUGGACGAAUUAAGACAUCUUUGGGAGUCAAAGAUGAUGCAGUCAAAAGCAAUGGAAGACAUCAGAAAAAAUAACAUCAACACAUCCAAGUUUGUGCUGCAGCUUCCAGCCAAUUACAGCCAGGCUGAUCAAGAGCUCACAGCCUCAGUUAUUAUCCCUGCAAGUCAGAAUAUCCAAAGUUUCCCAGUCAAGAGCAACUCAGAGACACUUGCUACUUUCUCCCUCCCUGCUGGCUUAUCUUACCCUGUGCAGAUACCAGCUGGAGUCACUCUGCAAACAGCUUCUGGUCAACUUUACAAGGUCAACGUUCCCGUCGUGGUCACUCAGGCCCUGGCAGGUCAGGAGCCUUUACCCCAACCCAAACCCAAACCCGACCCCCCGCCAGCUAAAGUCCCACACAAUGCCGCUCUUCCUCAGGAGGUGAGCUCAUCUUCUGUGCCAACCGCUUCUGUCACUCAGCCGCCACAGCCAAGCAUCACUUUACCCCCAAGUCGGGAGAGUAGCCUCCCCCUGCAGCCACAAGUCCCUGUUGCCAAGAUCUCAACGCUUCAGACAGCCCUCUCUCAAGAGCCAGAGGUCACACCAGAAGAAAAUGAGCCAGGUCCACAGCCUCUGAACCUCAGUAUGACCUCCACCUCGACCUGCAGUCAGUUAUUAGACUUCCAGAUCAGCGCUGAGGAGGCUUUGACACAGGCGGCUCAGUUAAAGACCAGAGACAUAGAUGACAUCCUUAAAGAGGUGAUCGAGGAGGAGAGAGAAAAAGCCAUGAGAGCCAGGAAUCUUGCUCCUGCGAAGACUGACAACCAGUCUGAAGCCAUUCUUGGGCUGGACCUGGACUAUAACUACAGAGAGCUGUCAGACAUUGUUCAGCUGGACGGUGCCGGAGACGACUCUGAUAUUGAGGAGGAAGAGCGAGUUCCUCUGGAAGAAAAUGACUUUCUGGGUAUAAUCAACGCUGAGGCUAUAAAGGCCCUGCAGGAAGGAGACGGCAGCAGCGGCGGAAACAGCAUCUCCUCCAGCAGUGACAGCGAAGGAGUCGAUGAGCUCGCUGAUGUAGAGGAGGAGGAUCCUUUAAACUCAGGCGAUGAUGUGAUUGAGCAAGACAUCCCAGAUCUCUUUGACACAGACAAUAUAAUCGUGUGCCAGUAUGACAAAAUUCACCGCAGUAAGAACCGCUGGAAGUUCCAUUUAAAAGAUGGAGUGAUGUGUUACGGCGGCAGAGACUAUGUGUUUUCUAAAGCUGUUGGGGAGGCUGAGUGGUAAUGAGCUUUAGUCCUCCUGGACCGAUCAGAUAAUCGUGUUGGGGGGAAAAAGGAGACAAUAACUUAAAAGGGAAAAGAAUCAGUAAAUUUAGACCUCUUGGUGGUGUAAUUUUGCAGGCAGUUAAGACACCGCUGUGCAAAAUUACUGAUACUUUUGUUUUUUCUGUUUUGUCAUUAUGUUAUCAGAGUAAUUAUAUUAUCAGACUGCACUCCGAGUUAUUUAUGAUGCUACAGCCAAUUACUUAGAGCGGUGCUUGUGAAUCCAAUGCACUGAGACAAACAGCAUGAAUUUGUGUUGUAUAAUGUUAGUUUUCUUCAUUAGUAGAGCAAAACACAGCUUGACCUAUUGUGUUUUUCUUUUGUAAUGAUCAUGUUGCUUUGAUGGUACCCAAUGUGCUGUUUGAUUUUCAAACAUUGUAAUAUUUUGCCUUUAAUCAUGCAUGCAAAUACACUGAACUGUACUUGCAUUGCAUUCAAUUAACCCUCUUCUUUCUGUGCAACCCUCUACAAAGACUGUUUUGGCUUGUUGUCAAAUGAUUUUUGUGUUUAUCAAUGUUAUGAAACAAAAUUAAUCACAUUUAU